CAAUCCAGUCCAAUGCAAAAGCAGAGCACCGGAUUUGCGUAAAACCCACUUGAUUGCUUCACCUUCCUCAAGCCUCUCUCUCUCUCUCUCUUCAUAACUUGAAUUCUAAGUAUGAUUUAUGCCUCUUCCCUUUAAAUUAUAAGAUUUUAUUCUUGAUUUUUCCACUCUUGAAACAUAGACAUAUAUUAAUUCCCACACCUCUCAAAACAUUUCCCAUGUCCAAGAAGUGAUUAUAUAUAUAUAUACUUGCAAACUGCCUUACAUAACAUUGUACACAAUCCUUGCAAUAGUCUUUAGCUGCUAGCAGAAUGGGGCGCCAUUCUUGCUGCUUGAAACAAAAGUUAAGGAAAGGUUUAUGGUCUCCUGAAGAAGAUGAGAAACUGUUCAAUCACAUAACAAGAUUUGGUAUUGGUUGCUGGAGUUCAGUCCCUAAACAAGCUGGAUUGCAAAGGUGUGGAAAGAGUUGCAGGUUGCGAUGGAUAAACUACUUGAGACCCGAUUUGAAGAGAGGAAUGUUUUCACAGCAAGAGGAGGAUCUCAUUAUGAGUCUACAUGAAGUUCUUGGCAACAGGUGGGCUCAAAUUGCAGCACAGCUACCUGGGCGAACAGACAAUGAGAUAAAAAACUUCUGGAAUUCAUGUUUGAAGAAGAAGCUAAUGAAGCAAGGGAUUGAUCCAUCCACUCACAAGCCACUAAGCAAAGUUGAACCAAAGGAUGAGAAAAAAUGUACAGAAACAACAUGCUUUCAGUCUCGAGGACUUCCAAGUACUACUGUAUCAACUAUGGCUUCACAGGGUGGUCCAGCAUUUCUAGUUGAUGACUCAAAUUACUAUGAUCAUAAUGGACUAACAGAAGCUUCAAGAGAGCUUUUCAUGUACAAGCCAAGCUUUGAUCCAAUGUCUUACUUUGAGUUCCAAGCGGGUGUCGAUUCAAAUGGAUAUACUUCAACUUUUGUACCUGAUCAGAAUCAUCACACAAAUAUCAAACCCGACAUUGACCAAAGCCAAUUUGAUACAAAUUCCAACUAUGGUUUCACUUCAAUGCCAAGUCUGACCAAUUCUGAUCAUGGAAACUUAUCCGGCGCAGAGUUUUCUGAUAAUUCAGGUUCAAAAAUGAGCUCCUUUUUCAUGAACAAUGAGGUGAAAGAAAGCUCUAGCAACAGCUCAAACAUGAGCAGCUACGCAGGGUUCCCAGUGAAUGAUAUUAUGUUAGAAAAUGCAGCCUAUUCAUGGGAUUCAGAUACCAAGUUGGAGUCUUUGUUUCAGUUUCCGGCCAAUGAGAUAAAAACUGAGGAAUUGAAGGCAGGUUCUUGGCAAGAAGGUCAGCUUCAAGCUCACAAUUCCGUAGAUUUCGGUAGCUAUCCAUUAACGUCACUUUCAGAAGAUCUAACAGGAGCACAUUUUGAUGUUUUCCAGCAGAUAUGAACUGUAAAUUCUUUGUUUUUUAUUUUAAUUUUUUUUUUUUCACUUUUUUUUCCCUACAUAAACCACAAUACACAAACAUGUUGAUAGUACAGGGAAUUUCAACUUAAAGUUUGAGAUGGAAGUCUUUGUUUUUUUUUUGUUUUUGUUUUUUUUUUUGGUUUCCAAGUAGGUUAUAAUAAUAAUCCAGCUGAUCUUUCUUUGAGCUUUGAUUUGUAUUUGUUUUCAGCAAAUUGAAAUAAUGUUCUUGCA